AUGGCAACACCAAGAACAGACUUCCCGCCAGUACGGGCAUGUCUUUUUGACAUGGACGGUCUUCUGAUCAACACAGAAGACAUUUACACAAUAGCCCACAACAUAGUUCUCGCAUCAUUGAACUCCGGUCCCAUGACCUGGCCGAUCAAAAUGCAGCUCCAAGGGCGACCUGCCCACCAAGCCAUCACUCUCCUCCUCGACUACUUCAACCUCACAGACAAAAUCAGUCUCGAGGAGUACACCGCCAAAGUCCACGAGGUGCAAGAAAUAGAGUUCCGAAAAAGCAUCGUGUUACCUGGCGUAGAGAAACUCCUCGGCGAUUUGAAGAAAAGCGGAAUUGAAAUUGCGCUUGCCACAUCGAGUGGGAGAAAUCAUUUUAUCAUCAAGACCGAGCAUAUCAAGUCUUUAUUCUCGAAUUUCAGACCGGAACAUCAGAUUUUAGGCGAUGACCCGAGGAUACCGAAAGGAAGAGGAAAGCCAAACCCAGAUAUCUAUCUAAUCGCGCUGAAAGCUAUCAACGACACUUUACCUUCUGGUACUACGCCAAUCACACCAGAAGAAUGUCUUGUUUUCGAAGACGGCGUGCCAGGUGUAGUUGCAGGGAGAAGAGCGGGGAUGAGGGUCGUGUGGGUACCUCACGCUGGGUUGGCGGGUGAGUUGAGAGGAAAAGAGGAUGAAGUCCUCGCGGGGCUGGCGGAGGGGAAAGGGGACGAUAGUGGCAUCGAGGGCAAAGUGGGAGAUGGGUGGGCCGAACAAAGGGUCACGUUAGAAGAUUUUCCUUACGAGAAGUAUGGAAUGAAGAUCGAGGCGUAA